GAGACAACGCUGAAAAGCUUCGAACGGGCAAGCUUAGGCCCACGAGUCUACAAAACCUACGACGCGACAGUAUCGUUGCUCACCUUGCUCUACGAAGAAUUGGGCAUCUAAUGAUGUACUUCGGUAUAUGGAGAUGAGGAGUACUAAAGGGAGUAUCUAUAUGGAGUAGUUUAAGGCUAGUUGAUCACUAUCGCAUGUUAUGACUUUCAACAAUUAUCCAAAAUGAAGAUGAAGAUUCGUCAAAGAACGAAUAGAACAGAGUUAUAGAAUUUUUCUACAGAAUUCGUUGACCACGACCAGGAGACCAUAAGAAUGAUCUUCGCUAGUUGUAUGAUCAGUGCCAAGCAAAACAAACGGUCUUACAAGAUACCUCAAUACACGCGCAUCUGAGUAUCAUGAAACCUCUCCUAUUUCAAUAUCUGUAAUAUGAUUCAAGUCCACGACCUAACAAAUGUACCUGAAAGAGAAACAAGUAGUGGUAGAAUUUUCCACUCGUAGUUGUUGUACUUACUUAGAGUUAGAGAAUUAUGCAAGAACAUGAUAAGUUUCGUAUUUAUUGAAGUAUUUCUGGUUGAAAAUAAUCGUGAUCCCCAAGGCCCUAGAAGCGUUAUUUUCCACCACAUACGCAAACUGGUCGAGAAUUGCAUGAAAUUAGAAACGUAGCUAGUGGUCUAGAAAGAGAACGAAAAACGUAAAGAACGUGCUUGUUCAUAGUCAUCAUGUACUAGUCUUAGUAUGUACAAGCAGAAGCAGUGGUGGUGGUGCAUGAUAUUGAUAGACAUUGAAUUUUAACUGGUGCGUUUAUGAAACUACAUCGACAUUAAUACAAGCGAUGUCGACGGAUGACGAGUGUAAUAUGUUGAGACCAAGUCGAUCCGGUGCUUGAAGCACAGGGCUGAGGCAGGAGCUAUUCUAAUUCUAAUUCUAAAUGUAGAGGAUCCUUGUUGUUGUUGUUGAUAGUUUAUCAUAAACCAGAGGGAAAAAAUAUCUUCAUCGCAUAAUUCACUCCACUCCCGAUUGCAUUUCUCCGGCUCCUGGAAAGAUGGUAGCGAACGACAUGCGAGUACGAGUAGCUGACGAUACUCAUGAAGGUGGUUCGUCGCUUAAUCACUUUUUAAGAAUGUAGUUCUUGUCUGUGUCCGCAAUUAGUCGUUUGAAUUUGAAUUAUUCGAGAACAAGUAGGCCUAUUGAGGUCUACUUAAUAAAGGGACCACCAUGUUGUCCGAAGACCCAACAUAAUUGACCUCAUAUUAUCGUUAAAAUGAACCGUUACUUAGUAGUCCUUCCGUGAAUUCGUCGUGAGUCCCCAUCCAAGUCCUCAGUGUGCAUGAUCGAUUGAUAACUCUCGCUGAUCUGUUCUUCCUCGAUGUACCAUAAUAUUACGGAGCUUCAAUGUAAAAACACUUAGAAGUAGCCUUGG